UCCAGUUCCCCCAAUUCCCCUCCCCCCAAUGUCCUCGGAAACCUUAAAAUGUGACGUUAAAUAUCCCAUUGGCGUGGCAAAGUGUCAAUGACCGAAGCUUGCGCGUCACUGGAAAAGCUCAAAACCGCGCUCUCUCUCAUAGGACGGCUGAGGCCACGCUGCAUAUUUCAGCUUGAACAGUGACGUCACAGUUAACCUACAUAGAGCCAAAGAGGGGUGUUGUACGUACUGUAUCACGUCUACCUCGACCCCUGCCGUCGUCCCGCCGGCAGUCGCAUGAAGUGAUAACGCCUGCUUACGUUUCCAGCCUCGAUUAAAAAUCCGGUACGAUACUUGAAUGUUGCACCCUCCACCGUAGUCGAACAAUAUUCAACUUUAAUUAAAAGGAAAUGGCGAAAGUUGACGGAAGUGAGAUGAAUGGACAGCCGUACAGAGAUGCUGAUUCAAAGCUAAGUGAAGAACCCAAUUGCCAGACCAAAGUGUCAAGUCGAUGUCCGGAAUUCUGUCAGCUGAUCGCCAGACGAGAGACAAAGACGACUGAGUUAUCAAAACGUGAGCGUGAUUUGCGGAGGCGUUUGGAGAUGCUGGAGUGCUGGCUACCAGCUGUGACACUGAUGGGUGUGAUGAGAGGUGAUAUGAAGGCUGAUGACAUCACCAGGGCCAUUGAUAAACAAGCAGCUGAGAUGACAAUGUCAUGCAUGUGUCCAAAUUCUCGGCCGAGUCAGCACAGAGAUGUGAGGAUACGCGAGGCUGAGGAGAAGCGCAAGAAGGCGGAGAGGAGAUUGGAGGAAGCGAGGAAGCUACUCCAGGAGAAGCAGAGAGCGGUCGAUGAGCAGAACGAGAGGAUUGACGAAGCCAAACGGAGGAAAGUCAAGCUCGAGGAGAGAAUGAAGGAGUUGGAAGCGAAGAUCUCGAGUACGAGUGGCUUGGAUACCGCACCUAGUGCGGAGUCGGUUGUAUCUAUUGGUCCAGAGGAGCUGAUGUACUUGACGAAGCUCGAGGAGCUGGUGAAGGCGGAAGCGGCGAGUAAGAAACAACUGGAGGAUCUGGAGAAGCGUCAGGAGAUGUACCUGAGAGCGCUGGAGGCAGCCUCGCAGAUGUGCGGUGAUGAGGAGCGUCACGAAAAGGUUGAUGAUUUGAAGAGUCAGCUGGAAGCCGAGGUCUCUGCCAAUCAACAGUUGGUUGAGAGGAUUUGCGAGUUGGAGGGCGAAGUGGAGACGCUGACGGGCCAACUCAUUACGUGUAAUGAUGAACUGAAAACUUAUACAGAGAGAAAAUCAGUGGAGGCGAUGAUGGGAACCGAGCACAGCUACAGAGAUAUGGAGAUGUCAGCGGUGCCGCAUUUCAGAGAGGUUUCUGUUAUUUAUGACGGUACCGGGUUCUCUUCUGAUGAAGGGAUUGAUGCCACUGUUCCAACUGAGACGAGAGAAACGUCUGUCACCAUCGAAUUUACAGAGCGAGCGGUUCAAGAGGUCAUUCCUGUCCCGGAGUAUGAAAAUGCUGAGACAGCUACCGACGAAGAGUUCCAAUUUAUCGCUCCUGGGGAAUCCAUUUGGAGAAGAGAGAGCCCCCCAUCACCGCUGAUAUACGGUAGUUCGGACUUGGGGAUAAAAUCCCGAACGACUAAAUUCGAUAUUCAAACUCAGACGACCGAAGAUUAUAUUUGCAUUGAAAUUCCGGAACUGAAGAGGUGGGAAACCUACAUUGGAGAAGUUCGCAGAGUCAUUUUGAUAUGUCACACGUGCAGUUCAAUGGAUCCACAACUGCUGAUGAUACAGCAAGAUAUUAAUCGUCGAUUGGGGACGAGAUUAAUCGUUAGUGAUGGCCAUGAUUCCCGUACAUCCUGGGCUCGAGUGCCAUCCGCAGCAUCCAAGGCUGUAUCUGAAGAGCAAUUUGGAGCAGGUUCCACCUUGAUGCCGAGAAGUCUAGAUGUUUUGAAGGAAUCAGGAAGUGUAUUAUUGAGCGGUGGAAUUAUUGGAGGAAGUCAAACUGCUCUCCCAUCAUCACCAGGAUCUUUCCUGGCUCCAAUAUCAAUGUCAACUCCUAUGGAACAUAUGGGGAAGAAGGUGUCGAAGACAUCUCUGAUAGAUGCUAGGCCCAUGGUCAGGUCCAUGGCAAAAAUGAUGGAGGAAAUACUGGAUGAUGGGGCUGUCAGCGGCAGUGUCUCACCACCACUGUCGGUCCUCACAACGUCCACCGAAAUGCUGAAGAUAUCGAGUAAUGUAUCAUUGGAUCUAGUAGCAGAUGAAGUCAGUGGAGCUGGUCCACCAACACAAGCACAAAUAAUCGAAAAAAUAUUGAGUCCAAAGAUUUCUGAAAUUGUUGAAAAACCUUCGAGAAUCGAUGAGGGAAUCAUUUCGGUGACUUCUCCUGCGGAGAUGGUGGAGAAACUAUCGGCUGCUGAUGAAACGAACCCAGCUGACCUGUUGACGUCGACAGUGUCUGCAACUCCAGUUGCAGUGUCACUUACUACGACUCGUCCAGUGACUAAAGGAUCGCGGAUCUCGCUAGCAGGAGCAGGACCAAGGGUAGCUCCUACAAUAGAAGUGACCGAGGAAGUGUCUCUUGAUGGGACUGAUAGAGUUAGUGUUCCAACGGUAUCGUCAUCUCUGAUACCUCCUUCAGCUAGGGAAAUACUGGAGAAGUUAUCGCCUCCGUUAGGAAGUGCGAGGAUUUCCCAACAAUCUGACAAGUCAUCGAGAAUCGGCAUCACGCGAACGAAGAGCUCACACAGCAGUCACCUAGCGACGAUUGAUGGCCCUGAUCAUUCAGCUUCGAUGGAGCGGGAUGAUUGGAGGGAAACGGUGCACAGGGGACAAAUGAUGGACGUGGACGAACGCUCAAAUCUAAGGGUCCAAAUGAAAUCCAUGGAGUCUGUUGAUGCGAUAAGUGUACCGAAGAGUGGAACAAGUCGGGAAAUUGAUGGGAGACAGGGGGCCAUAGCUGAGAAUGAACUAGAGGUAAUUUCUGGACAUGAAAAGAAAGAAAUUGAAGACAAAAAGGAGAUGAGUGAUGAGAGAGAGCGGACAAUCGGUGACGGGGGGGAAAUUGUCGUGGGACAGAUGAUGGAUGGAGGAGAACGAGGUGGAGAUGUUGUCACUGACGGCGAGAAAGUGGUGGAGAAAAUCAUGACGGAGGGCGAGGUAAAAGCGAGAAUGGAAGAUGGUGGAUGUGUAGGUGAUGGAGAAGCUGGGGGUAGGGUAACACCUUCCGAGAACGACACCAUUCAACCUAAGAUCAGAGAAAUUGGAGAAUUGCGAACGAGAUUGGAGGGCGUUGCUAUUUCUGAGGGUGUCCUCUGUGAGGCUGGUGAUUCAUUGAAAAAUGUGAAUGAUGGGAGCAAUAAAUGUCCAGUUACUUCUAAACUAUCUUCUUGUAUCUGUCACGCUUUACGACGCUGGCCGAGAAUGACGCGAAAAGAAUACCAACAGUCGAGGGAAGCCAUAGGAAAAAUUCCAAUGCCAGUGCAUAAAUCGAAAAAAAUUCACGGCUCAAAGACAGUGUCUAGUGCCACCAUCGAGACCAUUGAAAUUCAGACGAAUGUCAGUGGACUCAAUGAAAUACCGAGAGUUAGAUCUGAUGCUAGCAGUGAUAUGUGCAAUAUCUGCGAAUGUGAACCCUGUGCAUCUGUCAGUUCUACGAGUGGUGAAAUGGAGACGAUUGAAUCGAAAAAACCAACUGUCGAGAUGAAGGACCAGGGUGUCAUGGCGAGAAUAUAUAGAACCAGACGAUAAAAUUUAUUCAUGAAUUUGUCGAUAGAUUCAUGGUAUAACUGUAACAUCAUCGGGACGAAUGACGAAUUUCAAUCGAAUGAA